AUGGAGAAAGGGAAGCUUCUGAACAUUUUGGAAAGGGAACUGAAGGAAUAUGGAGAUGAAGAGAUGCUGGUGCUGUACCACCAGUUUUACAAAUCCGCGGAAGCAAACGAAAGGGACAUUGCGGAAAAGGCCUUCAGCGAGUUGAUUCACCAGAUGAAGAACUUCUUUGUCAUUUACGAUAAACGGAGCAAGGGAGACCUCAUCGAAAGGGUGAAGAACUCGUUCAAGGAGGAGAGCAACGAAGUGAACAUAAUAGAUGUGCAGCGGGAAAACGACGACGAUAAGAAUGACUCGGGAGAGAUUUACACAAAUGAAGCCAGUCACACAAGUGAAGACAAUUACACAAAUGAGGAUAGUUACUCAAACGAGGGUAGCUGCCCAAACGAGGACAACCACGCAAAUGACAGCACCGUGGAUGAGGGUGACCACACGGGGGAGAAAAACCGCAACAGGAAGAAACAAGCCACAGAGGUUAAUCUGCCCCAAUUCAGAAACCACCACUCCUUUCUGAAUUCCAACCUGUUCGAAAAUGUAAGCAUGGACGAACAACAGUGCGAAGUAAACAUUUUUGACCUGUACAAAAUGAGCUUAGAAAUAAUAGCAAAGGAUGAGGAGGAGAAAAUAAAUGAACAUAAUUUUUAUGAGACCUUCCAAUAUUUCCUGAACUUAUUAUGUCUGUUGUAUUUUUUAAAAAAUGUAUACUUCGACCUGAAUUACAAGACGAAUGAAAAUUCAUACUCCUUUCUGUUCAAAGGAUUUGAAGAGAGAAAAAACAAUGUGAUAAACUAUUUUUGUUUCUUAAAAAAAAUACAACUGGAUAAAUUAUUGGACAAUGAAGUGGUGAAAAUAUUUUGUAACUUCUUUCAGUACACAUAUAUUAAUGAGUAUCUAAUCAGGAACAUUUUUGACACAUCGAUGAAUACUUUUCUCUUCACGGCUGUGGUGAAUUUUAGAAAUAAUUAUAUAGUUCAUGAUGGAGAGGGCAUCAAUAUACACACCCAUUUGGGCAAAGGUGGAAUCAUAACUUCAGACGGGCUACCACACGACGUCAAUGGGGUGAGCACCUCCAUGGCAAAUAAUUCCACUGCAGAUUUAUCCUCAAUUAAUGUGAAUAAAUCGAAUGGUGAGUUUAACCCAAGUGAACCAAAUACAGAGCAAAGCGGUACAAACGCUGCCAUCCCAGUGGGGGCCACCCCAAUGGAAGGAGAAAUAAAAAAGGAAUACAACAUGAAGGAAUUUAAGCAAAACAGUUACAACACAAAUGAAGAUUCGAAGAACAAAAAGAAUCAGGAAGAUUAUCUAAACAAAGAAUUGAACAACUUUUUUAUAUCAAAUAAUACCUUCCCAAAAGGAAGCAGAAACUCCUUUGUAGAAAUUAUUUACCAAAAUGAAGUUCAUCGUGAUAUUUACUCAGACGAAACUAUCAAUGCUUUAUUUUAUUUUUUUAAUAACCCUUAUUUAAUUUUUUCCUUCCAUAAAAAUGUUUUAUAUUAUAUCGAAAAAAAAAGCAAAGACAAGGAUUUUUUUCACGCACACAGAAAUGCUCAUGCGUUAAUUAAAUAUCUCAACUAUUGUGUAACCACCAUGUCGAAAAUCUUCCACAUUUUUAUAAGUGCUGGAUUGUUUUUUAAUCAUAAUAUUUUCGAACAAGAAAAGAAUAAAUAUUUAAAUUUUUGUAAUUUGCUCAACUUUGAUAAUGUUUCCUUGGACCAAGCGGGUGAUGAUCACAGUGAAAAUUUUCGAACCAAGUACAGUGGCAGCAUGAGGAGCUCUUCCAGCUCGGCUGAUGAUCGGAGGAGGAAUAAAAGAAGGGGAAGCUUCUCCUCAGAAAGCAGCAACAGUAAUACUUUUCGGGAUAGCGGGUCUGAUGUGGGAUCCACGGAUAGGACUAUCGGAAAGAGGUACAGAAGCAGGACCAGCGUUUCUUCCUCUGCCACAGCGGCAAGCGCAACUGACAUGAGGGGUAAUUCAAACCUACAUGAUUUUAACAUUGUCAAAUAUUUGAUGAAAUACAGAAACGUAGUUGGAAAUUUCUGUCAAGACGACUUCAACAGGAAGGAUAGCUUUGACAGUGACGGAGAGAUGAAGGAUGUGCUCAAUUUCAACAUAAAUCCGGGGGGGGCCAAGUGGGGCAUGCGGCCCGGCACAGAAGGUAGGAAUGCAGGACGAGCACACCAUAGGGGAAGCUACAGUGAAGAUAGUCUCAGCGACAGUGAAAGUAGAAGAAGUUCCACCAAUGGGGGGGAAAGCCAAUACCAGGAGAGCAAGUACGAAGAAAGCGACAAUCUAGGCAAUAGUGAUAAUGUGCACAGCGAAUCCCGAAGCAGCAGCAGCGAAGGAGGUGUUGACAGCCAGGGAAAUUUCCCAAGCAGCGAUGACCAACGUAGUGAUAGCCAAUACAGUGGUGAUGAAUCCAAACGGGGAAGGAAAAAAACAAAGUCUAAAGGAUCUCCAAACCGAUUCAUCACGAAAGAUGGCAUAUAUCAACAUGAAUAUACGAACAAAAAUAUCUUUAACGAUAUUUUGAGGAAAGCCAAAAAAAAAAAAAAAUUCUACCAAGUUAUAAGCAAUAUAAACAAGCUAAAAAAUUCAUUCGACGUGAAUAGGAUAAAUAAAAACAAAAUGAUCAGUUUGGAUUAUGUAGAAAAUGUUGACACAAUAUCGUACUUCAUCAGUUUGUACAACUCAGACAACAUCUUUCAGUUCGAUUAUUAUUUUUUAAAAUUUGUUACCGAGAUAGCCACCACGUAUAAUAGCUACAUGAAGGCAUAUUUAAUUCCUUCGCAGAGGAACGCAAGGUAUAAAAAAGACGAGUUGGAAAAGAUGACUGAUCAAAUGGAAUAUUUCCUCAAGGAAAUCACCAAAUUGAUUUAUGUCUACACGUGGUGUAUUCUGCACAUAUUUGGGCAUUCCUACUCGUAUGUGAAGUACGCAAAAUAUUUUUACCAAAAGAAGUCCUUCUUCCUUUUGGAAAACAAAAAACAGUGGGUGUUUAAAAAUUUUAGUUAUUUUGCGGGCGAAGCGGGGACCGCCUGUCGUGAAAGUGGUGACGCGGAUAAGGGGGAGGACGGUGCGGGGAAGCGUGACAGCUUGGGGAGCGGCAUCAACCUGGCAAGAGGCACAAACAUGGAAAGCGGCACGAAUGGGGACGUUCACAUGAAUCACUUCUUUACCCCGCACCACGUGGUGGAAAACCUCAAGUACAACUACGAACUAAAGAAGAACACAAACCUAUUUGACAAAUUAAGUUGCGCCGACCUGAUACAGAUUUACAAAAACUCCUACUUCCAGAACAUAGUCGAUAAGCUGCACCUAAAUUUGAAGUUCAUAGAGAACAUUCACUUUACGCUGAACAAUGCACUGAAGAGUAAAAAAAAAAAAAAAAAAAAAUUCCUCCAAUAUCUGUGUGUAAAGGAUCAGAAGUUGGAAGAUAUAUGUAACUCUAUAGACAAUUUAAAAAGAAACAUAAGCAAGUACAAGAGGACCUUUCACUACUGCUUAAAUUUUAAUAACAUAAAAAAUGUGAUCGUCCUCACUUUAGAGGAAAUGAGUAUGAACGCGGAUAAACUCGAACUGAACAAAAUGCUCAAUGAGUACCUUAACAAGCUAGAAAGCCGGGGACAGAUAAAGAAAAGACAAAAAAAAAUCAACGUGAAAAUUAUUGACAAUAAUAUCGUGCUUGACACCAAUCGGAGGAAGAAAAGAAGAAAACACGAUGGGGGAAGAAGCGGAAAAUAUAAUUCAAAUGAUGUUAUGGGUAAAAAAUUGGGAAAGGAAAAGAGAAAAAACUCCAGUGGUCGGAAUAGCAGUAUGUCGAGUUCGUUUCUUCAAAUCCCAAAUGGAAGGAAUAGCAAGACGAAAGAAACAGCUAUGAGUCCGAUCGAGACCCAUAUCGAAAGCAACACUGUUGUAAGGAAAGGACGCAGGAAGGAUGAUAACGAAAUGAACAUUUUUACUGACAAUGAGAGUUGCUACGAUGGGGGGGAACUAAAUCAAAGUUAUACGAAGAGCGAUUACAGUUCCAGACACGCCACGAAUGAUAGUCAUCGGGGGGUGCAUGGGCACAGGGCGGACGGACGUUCCGCAAGGAAAGCCACGCACGAAAGGGGCAGUAGGAGCCCCUACUACGACAGCACCAUCAGCACAAGCAGCAGCGGGGGAAGUGUAAGAAGCAAAAGUAGUAAUAGCGAUAGUGGCAAUGGUAGCAGUGGAAGCAGCUUACACAGUAGUCGUGAGGAGCAAGCCAAGAACCUGCAUAGAAAGGUUAAACGGAGUUCAAAGCGACAAACCCAUAAGGGAACGCCACUGCGGGGGAAAAACAACCCAAACGAAGAGAGCCCAUCGGGUGAAAACAUCCUGAUGAUGGGCGAGUACAACACAGAAAGGCUGAUUUUCUUUUUCAAUUUGUUAAACGGAAAUAACUUGUUCUACUACCUAGCACUUCACUAUUUAGUAAAAAAUGAAAAAAUCAUGGACAUCCUGCAUUUCUUCCCGCUGAAGUAUCUGCUGGAUUUGCUUAUCCUAUACGAUUUGAAAGACUACAUAAAGUUCAAAACGAUUAUCAGGGUGUUUAGAAUUAUUUAUGAAUUUAAGGAUUUUUCCCCCACGAUCAGGAACCAUCUAUUCCUUAAUCGAAAGAAUUACUACCUAGACAAUGCAGAUUUUAUGAACUUCGAUUUUGUGUGUAAGUUUCUAACCAUCAGUAAGAAGGACCUCUUGGCAAAGAAGCAGAGCGGUAAUAGUAGGACAUGCAGAGGGGAUAGAUACGGAGACAUAUUCCUACCACCCAGUGUGGUCAAGACAAAUCGAAGGGAAAAUUACGCCAUAGAGGAAGGGGAACAUUCAUUUUCCGAUGGGGAGAGAAUACAACAGGGAAGAUCAUCAGUCAGAAAAAAGGAAAGACAAAGAAGUGUUAGAGAUAACCUUUUACACUGUGUAAGGAACACCUUCUCCGUCAUUAAUCUGAGGAAUACAGUGAGAAGCUUCCCAACCUUGAUGAAAAAUUUACUGAACAGAAUUUUAAUAAGUCUAAUAGGAAAAUAUAGCUACCUAAGCAAUGACCAGAGUGGGAAGGAACAUAAAAGCAUAACUUUUUAUGCCCUCCGAUUUAUCUUCAACAAUUUAAAGAAUAUAACACUUGGAUAUAGCAAGUCGUCUUUCUUCAGCUACACCAUAAAUGACCCAACAGAACUUUACAAUAUGAGUAUCCACAAUUUUAUCCUUUACCAUAUUUACGACUUGGCUGUACGAACGAAGGAGUUGGCCAUUAAAAGCUCCUGCUUCAAAUUGUUGAAAUAUUUGCUAACAGAAUAUUAUUACUACCCAGAAGUUUUCAACGAAAAGGCACAUGAAUUAAUCAAUUCGGAUAUCAAACUUAAUAACAUAUUUGUAAAAAAUGUCAUUCUCGAUUUUGUCUCCUUCAACAUUAUGAUCUGUCACUUGCAGAAAGAACUAACAUCAGAUGUGAACGUUUUGAAUCAUCUAGACCUUUUCAAUUAUUCCAUAAAAUCCAUUGCCAACUAUUUAAUAGGGUAUAAGAAUAAUUCCAUUUUUUUUCUCAUGGAUAAGAAGAUGGUAAAAUCCCUCCUUAUCAAGUUAACCUUUAUGAUGCCUUUUAUUUAUAAGCUAAAAAUCCCUGCAUGUGUUGUUAGACUGUAUAUUAGAAUUAUCAAAUCUUUGGACAAAGAUAUUCUAGACAUGAUUCACAACUUUAAUAAGAUAGAACUUAUAUACGACAGCUUGUUCUAUAUUAUUGUACGGCAUUUUAUUUACUUCUUUUUAAAUAUGAAUAUUGAAUUAGAUGAGGAGGCCUCCAACAUUUUGCCUUCCACGUAUAAGAGCGGCUUAUCCAGGAACUCCUGGCAUGGUGGUAGCCACAUUAAGGUAACCAACGAGGGGGAGCAGCCAGUGGAUGGUCAACCAAGUGACGAUCAGAAGUGUGACAAUGGGGAUUUUUUCGACAAUUUGGAAGAAGAUGAUGAAGAUAAGCAGCACGGGGAGAGAGCAGAGUCACCCCAGGGGAAUAAGAGGUACCUCACCGUGGAGGACGCCUACGGUGAACAGGAACAGCAGGAGCAACGCUCAAGCGACAGCGAGGGGGAGAUCGACCAUUCCAGCUCGGGGGCUUCCGGUGAAGCAGCCAGUGACGCUAACAGUAACGCUAACAGCGAUGCAAGCAGGAGCGGCACCGUUAGUGGUGACGAUAGUGGAAGUAACACCGGUCGGAGUGCCCCCAGCGAUAGCGAUGGGGAAGACCAUGGAAACGCUUUGCACUGCUCCCCCGAAGGGAUGGAAAACGCAUCCAACGCAAACAGCAUGUCAGAUGUGCAGUACCUACGAAAAAUCAUAAGCGAAAACGGAAGCUUCAACUUGGAAAAUAACUACUUUGUUAAUUACUCUCUGUACAUCCUCCACAAGGAGCACUAUUCUAUAUACGUUUUUUUCUCCUCCUUCUUUAAAAACGUGCUCAAGGAGUAUAGGGAGAUAUCGCGUGGGCACUAA